UUCGAUAAUAAGCGAAUGUGACCGAUCGGACAUCGAUUCCUUGCAGAUAAUAAGGGAUUCGGUGAAACGAAAUGUCACUCGUAUCUGGAUCCGUAAUUACAGAAAGGAAGGAAGAAAAAUGCUAAAAUAAGAGUGAAAAAUAAAGACGUCGUUGAAAUAUUUUAUUUCCAUCGAAUUUAUCGCUCGAUUUGAUUUGUUUCCUCCAUUGCCACACUUUCGGGCACGCCAUUCGAUGACGUAAAUGAAAAAGAAUAAAUGAAAUUUUUGAAUAAACUCGCCACAAUGUCGCAUCUUUUUUUUUUUUUUUUUUUUUGUUUCGUUCAGAUCCGUAAUUGCGAGUCGCGCAAUCGGACUUUUUUCAAUUAAUUUUGCUACGAUACCUAUUGUUUGUUUUUCGCGUUUGCUUAUGGGAUUGCCUAUGUAGCGUCAUAUCGAUCUUUGCAAUUGUGAGAUUAUUUCUAUUGGAAAAUUGAUUAUACUUCGAAGAUCAAAGUUGUCGGAAGUUUAGUCUGUAAUCGUUGCCACUUGUUAUUAGAAGAUACUCCUGUUCGUCCUUGAACACUCGUAUUUCGGGGAAAUGUUCAUAUUCGUAAGAGAGAUGUAACUGUCAAGGGAAUCAUUCAUCAAACGUUUGCGUUCAUAAAUAUCAUUGUAAUUACAGUCGUAGUAAAAAGCUUCGCAAUAGAAUAACCAGAUUCGUAGAGAAAAAAAAAAUUUAAUUUCAAAUAUGACUAUUUUACUCUUUGGUUUGGUUUCAUUUUAACAUUUAAUAAUUUUGCUGUUCGCUCUAUAGCUUCGAGUAAAAUAUCAACGGACAUGUAAAAAGAGACCAACGACGAAUACUUCAAAAGUUUUUAGCCAACAUCACCCACACGCGGAAGCAAAUAGACACAUUAUUUAAUUGGAUGAAACGUCCAGACUAACCAGGUUCGAAUUUUACAUUUUCGUUAAUUGAAUUUACUCUUUCGUGUCAGCUGUGCAAAAGCAAGCAGAGUAUAAACUACUAGAUAAUGCGAUAAGGAGAACGCUAAUUUUGCAAUGUUUAGUCUAGUUUUGGUAUAGACAGAUUUAAGUAGACUGCAUUUAGAAUAAAAGAUUGUCCCCUAGAUAUCAUCGAGAGCGCGUGUUAAUCUAGUUUCGCAUGAUUUUCGCAUGAUCACUACGAGGAUAUGGCGAUUAAGGGGCGAUCGCGUUUCUCGAUUAAUACGAACUGAGAUCAUUCUCCGACACAUUCCUUCGUCAAAUCUGUCACCACAUUAUAUCUAUAUCCAUAAACAUCGAGAACGCUGCCUUUGAUCUCGCGAUGUGGAAUUACAUCAACCUACACUGCGGUAUUCGAUAUGGCGUUAUUAUAUUAUAUCCUGUUAGUGAAAAGAAACAACGAACAUUCCAUGCUUCGGAAUUAAUUAAAACAUUGCAGUACCCUGGUUCCUCUUUAUUAGUCUCUUGCCAUCAACAUAUAUACAGAUAUAGUCAUCCGCCAGAAUAUCAAAGGAAAACCAAAAGUAAUCGAAGUCCCAAAUCAAUGCCCUUUUAAGGAAGAUAUUCUUAAAGAAGUAGAGCUUAUGAAAAAGCAACAUGAAGAAGAAAAACAGAAGCAACGUGAAGCUGCGUGUCAAAGAAAGCGAGAGGAACUUGCCAAAACGGGUCUUCAAGGAUUAGUCUCAGCUGCACAGAAUAAACAAGUGGAACAUCGACGGAUGGAAGUAGAUGCUGCAUAUGAAAAAAUAAAAGAAGCUAUAGAUAAAGAGGAAAAUUCGUUAAAAGCUUAUUGCAAAGAAUUUAGGAAAGUUGUGAAGGCGGCCGACGUUAUUCUCGAAGUUGUUGAUGCUAGAGAUCCUUUGGGAACAAGAUGUAAACAGGUCGAAGAAGCUGUACUGUCUGUGAAAGAAAAUAAAAGAUUGGUUUUUGUAGAAAAGUAGACAUAAACACGUUUAUUCUAAAUUUGUAUGUAAAAUGUAAAUUAUAAGUGAUGUAUAAUAAUAAAAGCUAUUGUUUUUGUAGAAAUACUUAUCGACGAAAGAUCAAUUAUCGACGAAAUAUUAAGACGGUAAUCUCUUUACUUUCUUCUAUUUCUUAUUUUCAUUACUUUCACUUUUUAGCUCUGCCGAUUUCGUGCUGCAUUUCUGUGGUAAAUUCAAAAAUAUAAUAAGAUAAUAUAUAUCUGUUCCGUGCAUUUUACAUUUUACUUUCGAUUAUUUAUAUAUUAUCUGUCCCGAUUUAUCAUAAAGUACAUCUAAUUUUUUACUUAAAUCAUUUAUUUUGAC